UAGAAAUUUCCAUUCAAAGCUUUGAAGAAAAAUUGAGAUUGGAGAGAUCUGUCGUUCUUUGGUUGUUUAGGGCAAACUCUUUGCUUUGACUUGGUGAGUUUUCCUAUUGAUUUGGGCGAUUCCAGUUUUGUAGUUUUCUGAUUUGAUGGUUCAGGCGACGAAAAGCGGCGAGUUGCAGAGAGGGGAAAUGGCGGCAGUGAAGAGGGAACUUGAAGACCCUUUGGAAGAAGAAUAUGGCCCUCUUAAUAAGCGAUCCAAACACUCUUCUUCGCUUCAAGGAACUGGGGAAGUGGGUGGCUUUCCAGUGGCACCGCCGGCUCAGUAUAACCCAUUAGACGAGCCGAGUCCAUUGGGAUUGAGGCUGAGGAAAAGUCCUUCCCUUUUGGAAUUGAUCCAAAUGAGGCUUUCUCAAGCUAAUUCACCUAAGGGUGCAAGUUCCAGUAAAAAAGAGCUUAAAGGGGCCGCUGCUUCUGGUUCCUCUGAGAAGCUCAAGGCCUCAAAUUUUCCAGCAACGAUUCUGCGAAUUGGGACCUGGGAGUAUAAGUCAAGAUAUGAAGGGGAUUUGGUAGCAAAGUGUUAUUUUGCAAAGCAUAAGCUUGUAUGGGAGGUUCUUGAUGGCGGGCUCAAGAAUAAGAUUGAAAUUCAAUGGUCUGAUAUAAUGGCUUUGAAGGGGAAUUAUCCUGAUGAUGGACCGGGGACUUUGGAUGUAGUGCUUGCAAGACAACCUCUUUUCUUUAGGGAGACAAAUCCACAGCCUAGGAAGCAUACCCUGUGGCAGGCAACAUCUGAUUUUACUGGGGGUCAGGCCAGCAUACAAAGGUAUGGUAAUCUCUCAUUCAUUCAUGAGUUUAUUGUGUUGCCAUUUUUAAAUGGCACUUUUUAGGCAACAAGCUACUUGUUCCAUACUGUAUGUGUCCUAUUUGCUUAUUUAUGUA